UUCUGCAGUAAUCUGUUGCCAAUCUGCUGGCAGAUUGCACACAUUUUGCUUACUGGGUUCUUAAAAACAGAAACUUUGCAAAACUCAGAAUCUGCAAAAUUUCACAGAAAAAUAAUUGCUAUGCGGAAAGUAAUGCACAGUAAAGAUAUUUUUAUACGUUUGCAUUCACGACUUAAGUCGUGAUUCAAGACGAACGCGAGCUCUAUUAUUUCAUUCAAACAAUACGCACAAUUGGAUCGGAUCAAGGAUUGAUCCUGUUUGUCUUACCGACUCCUCUGUCGUUGAUCUUGGUACGCGGAGUACCACAUUCUGACUGAAGGCAGAUCCUGCGUGUUGAGCUCUGCGAGCGUUGUCCGUCGCUACUAUAUUGAUCUACCUGUCUCAGGGUUAUAUUCGGCCGCGUGUUUCAGCGCAGUACCCUCCGGUCCUUCACCACGCAGUCACCGGAAUCUCGUUUCCUCGCCGCCGACGUGAUUUGCAAUUCACAUCGCGUUUUCCUCCCUGUCUUCAUCGAAAUGUCAUUAGUAACCGUCGCUCCUUGAUCGCGAUGACUUUAAGUCAGUUUUUUCGGGUAUACUAUAUUACACUGUGAGUGAACAUCGUUAGUCACGCGUCACCUCGUCGCGGAUGAUGCAUAAUUAACAGUGGUCUUCUUGACAGACUGUUUUAUUUUCUUCAUUUACAUUUCCGAUUCGCUUCGUGUUAAAUGCGUUGAAAUAACUUAAUUAUCAAGUGGAGUGGAAAAAGGUUUAUUAAGUUAAAUAUCACGAACUGACGUAUCUCGAAGGAAUUUCUAUUAAGCUCUACGAAGCCAUGAAAAUGAUCGUAUUUCCGCGAUUUCUCUCGCGAUUUCGAUGAGAAAAUGCCACGAUGCUGCGGUGCUUCUUUAGUUUCCGCCGCGGAUGGCAAUGGGUCUCCACAGAUGGGUCUUGGUCUGCAGAUCCAGGACGGAAACCCACGAAACAAGACUGCCUUAGCACCGGGGCAUAGUUUGAUGGACUGGAUUCGACUGGGUAAUUCAGGGGUUGAUUUAACUGGAGUCGGUGGUAUACCGCAAGUCGUAACAUUAUCUGAACUUGCUAAUCAUAAUAAACAAACUGACGCUUGGAUCGCGAUACGAGGGGUGGUAUUCAAUGUUACGCGUUACAUGAAUUUCCAUCCCGGUGGAAUUGACGAGCUUAUGAAAGGCGUUGGAAAAGACGCUACAAAAUUAUUCGACAACGUGCACAGUUGGGUGAAUUACCAGAGCAUUUUACAGAAAUGCGUCGUAGGCAGAUUGUGUCGUGGCCCUUCUUCCGCUUCUUCUUCCAUAGCAGAAAAGUCAGUCACGGGCGGAAACAACCGUUCGCCCGUGACGAUAGGUCUAAGCAAAAGUUCCGCUGCACAAAAACCUGUCACAGAAAACUCAUCGGAUUUACCUAACAUAGAUAUGAAUUGGCGGCAGACAUCUAAUUCCAUUACGCUGUUUUAUCAAUCUUUGUGCGAUUAUACAGCGCCGUAUUAUCAAUUGCAAAGGUUGACUGACUCGAGGCUCAUCUUCAGGCUCAUUCUCGAAAAGUACGUCAUCGUCCACGAAUUUGAAUUAAUCGCGGAUGUAGAAUGGCCGCCGACGUGUAAACGAGAUUUUGAUACGAUGCAGGUAGACUUUACAUUCGUAAAGAAGAUUAAGGAUAUUUGGAAGAGUCAAGGGAAUCAUGCAUCAUCGCGUGAAUCGGUGAUAAGCAAACGCACGUACAAAGAAUAUGAAGUACUGAGUAACACACCUCUUUGUAAACUAGUUCAUUUGUUAGUCGUACGUGCGAAAGACUUUGUAGAAUUAAUUCCUAUUGGUAGACACAUAGAAGUCAAAAUGAAUGUAAUGGGAAUGGAAAUAUCGAGAUCGUACACGCCUGUCCCGCCGUGCCUUCACCCUGACGAUAUGGCGCCCAAUUAUAAGUCAGAUUGUAUUUGCUUGAUGAUAAAGCAUUACCCAAAUGGCGCACUCAGUCCGUCCAUCAUCAAAUUACAACCUGGUCAAGCCGUUACAAUGAGCAAUGGUUUAGGUGCCUUCGCAACCGAAUCAUUUGAUCGGUAUUCUGUCAUCCAUAUGCUGGCGGGUGGAACGGGUUUAACCGCGAUGUUAGGAAUAAUCCAGCGAGCACUGGCGAGGCGCAGCGUAAAAUUAAUCAAUCUUCUAAACUUCAAUAAAGAUGAAGCUAACAUGUUUUAUGUGGCACAGCUUGACAAAGUGUCUACAGAGAAGUUCAAAGUUACACACAUCCUUUCACAAGCAGGAGAUACAUGGGAGGGUAGACGCGGCGUUGUAUCCGAUGAAUUGUUAAAAGAAUUGAUUGGUGAAUGUUCAGCGGAGGGAUGCGUAUUUAUGUGUGGACCAAAAGGAUUUAUGCUAACUACAAAAAAGUGUGUUCAGACACUUGGCUGGGAGCCUCACCAGACAUACGAGUUCGAUGAUUAACCGUCUAUGUGAAAGUACACAUAAUAUGUGUUUUCUUUCUUUCCAAACAGCCUUCUUAGAGAAAAGCCUAAUAAGAGACAAAACCUUGUACCUGUUUACCUGAUUCACAAUCAACUAUAAAUAUUACUAUACAGAUGUUUUGUAAUAGACUGUAGAUGGAUAGAUACAGAAUAAAUAUGAACUGUCAUUCA